CCGACUCAAAUUCCGAACUUUGAUCAAGACUGUCAACAAUUACAUUCGAGUCACUUCACAAUGAUGGGCGAGGGUAUCUGUUUGGAUUGCAAUGAACUGUGUCUCCAUCGUCAAAUUGGGAGCAAUAAUGAUGCCUCGUUCUGUUUUUGUGCAGCGCUCCGGGCAGUUCAUUUCGAAACAGCUCAUGAUGUCAGCAAGGAAUUUGGCAAUGUUAAUUCUGUGUUUGAUGGACCAGAUCCCAUAAAAUACCCCAAUAUCUCAGACGUGAGUUUGCGGUAUUUCGUCCUGCUGGUGGGAAGUUUCAACUUAUACCUCUUCCCAGGUUGAUUUAAAUGGAAUCCUUUAUACACAAGUUCAAGUUCCCACGCAUGCUCACACGGAGCGACUGGCCGAAUACACCACAGUGAUGGAUUUUGAAACCCCAUUUCAUUUGCCAUCUCAAGAUAUUGGUCAAGGAACGGGUCUGAUGCCGGAGAAAGAUCACCCCGUUCAACCGUCUCGCAGACGCGAUUACACCAAAGAAGAGAAAGAAGAGUUUGGGCGAUGAAUCACAAGUUGUCCAAAACCAACCAAGAAAGAAAAGGUGGACUACGCUAGAAUACACUUUCUCACAGAAGGUCAAGUCCAGAAUCUCAUCAAUAACCGUAAACGCAAGAUAAAGUCAGAAACUAUAAAUUUGGCAGCAAAUCUAGAGGGAGUUGCAAAAUCCUCCCAAGGAUCUAAAACUCUUGGAAGUGAAGAAGCUGGCCAUAUUACCAGUACCACCCCCGACCCGAUUCCUUUGUAUAGUUACUGAUUCAUCAGCAGAUGCUUCGAAGGCCAACAAGAAAACAGACCAUCCCAAAAGUACAGAAUUCGUUGACAUCAGAAGAAUUUCGUAUCAAAUAUCCGAAGAAAACAUCUCACAAAGUCUACAGAACAAACCGUCAUAUUCUUGACUUGAGGAAUUCCUUAAAUCACCUGAAGACGCUGUCCCUAUGGAAACCAUCCAUCGAGCAUAUCAGGAACAUGCUCCAGAUGGGUCGUCCCUGCAUGCAUUAUCUAUGCACGCCGUUCCCCUAUCUGAUUUGGAGCAAAUGGAGGUACGCUCUGUUGCACGUAGCUGCAGCUCUGCUGGGUUCCAGGCCCACUCCGUGUCAUCCAACAUCUCUCGCUCUUCCCAGAAACAAAAAAGGCGCGAGAAACGAAUGAAGGGUGUACAAUGCACACGAUGUAACGAGAGCUUUCAGAGUAAAGGCGACUUGGCAAAUCACUACAAUACUCGCCACAAACGCAGGGAAUGUGGCCCAGAUCCAUUUGAUAUACAGUGAUCUUACUGUAACGAAAUAUUCGAUUGGCAAGACUGGGAAGAACACGAGACUCAGCAGCAUUGCGUACCCUUCAAGGUUUGGUUCUGCACGCUAUCUCAUGAUUUUCCCAGUAGCCUUGCGAGACGAAAGUGCAUAUUUUACACCUGCCAUCGUCUGGUCAAUCACCACUAUAGUGAACGACACAGUAUGACACAAUGUUUUCAACAUACACAAUGUCUGCCAUUUCGAUCGAGUUCCGAUCUUGUAGCUCAUCUGGUUGAGGUCCAUGGAGUUUCUAACGCCAAAACUCACUCAUUUGAAAAUAGUAUGGACGAGUGGAGUUUAACGCUUAACAGACGUUUGGAGUGUAGCUUGUGGCAAUGCAGAUACUGUGGAAUCGUUGGCGCGGACUGGAAAAAACGAUUCUCCCAUAUCGAGAACCACUGGCACCUUGAACACGAGACGAUGCAAACAUUUUCGAAUCUCGAUAAUUUCAUCACCGGCGAUCUACAGCGCUACCUAAAAAGUCCGGAAACUUCUGCAAGCAAAACCCUGAAGUGUCCUGGCUACUGGAGCGAUACUUCUGAAUUUGCUAUGUACAAGGCAGUUCUUGGAACAAUAUUCCCAAUCGAAACCGGGGCCAUUCGUGGCGCGGAUAAAACUGCUUCCACGGAGGCGGACUUGGCGAUAUCGGUUUGUGAAAAAGCGAAAAAACCAGCUGCAUCCAUACUUGCAACGGCUGAAAUUGCAACGGAAUACCCAACUGAUAGUAUAUCGCCUCAUGUACCAGAAGAAACUACAAUUCCGGCUCCCACUCGUAGUACUACAAUUGGAAAGGAACGAGUUAAGGACCAUUCCACAAUCGGGCCUGAUGUUACUGUUGAUACGAGACCUAUACUAGCCAGCAGCUCAACGGAUUUCGACCACGAAUUGUAUCGACCAGCUUCGGAAGAGAACAAGCAGCCUUCCAUGUCAUUCUUCGCCUUCCUAAAGAAGCGGACGAAAACCUUUCUAGGAUUUACACGUGGAAUCAGGGCCGCGAAGAAAAAGUGAAAGGAAGAGGAAGUCUAGGAUUAAAGGCAGCUUAUUAGUCUCGCGGAUUCACGUCUAUUCGCAACGUUCGGCAUCUGAAAUUCAAUUCCAUUCCAGACCCCCCCUCUGAAAGGAC